GCCCUGCAGGGAGCAGACCUUCACUUGGCUGUGCCUCCUCUGACUCUAACGCCAUGGCCAGGCACCUGCUCCUCCCUGUUGUGAUGCUUGUCAUCAGUCCCAUCCCAGGAGCCUUCCAGGACUCAGCUCUCAGUCCCACCCAGGAAGAACCUGAAGAUCUGGACUGCGGGCGCUCUGAGCCCUCGGCCCGCAUCGUGGGGGGCUCAGACGCGCAGCCGGGCACCUGGCCUUGGCAGGUGAGCCUGCACCAUGGGGGUGGCCACAUCUGCGGGGGCUCCCUCAUCGCCCCCUCCUGGGUCCUCUCUGCUGCUCACUGUUUCAUGACGAAUGGGACGCUGGAGCCCGCGGCCGAGUGGUCAGUACUGCUGGGCGUGCACUCCCAGGACGGGCCCUUGGACGGCGCGCACACCCGCGCAGUGGCCGCCAUCGUGGUGCCAGUCAACUACAGCCAAGUGGAGCUGGGAGCUGACCUGGCCCUGCUGCACCUGGCCUCACCCGCCAGCCUGGGCCCCACCGUGCGGCCCGUCUGCCUGCCCCGCGCCUCACACCGCUUCGUGCACGGCACCGCCUGCUGGGCCACCGGCUGGGGAGACGUCCAGGAGGCAGAUCCUCUACCUCUCCCCUGGGUGCUACAGGAAGUGGAGCUAAGGCUGCUGGGUGAGGCCACCUGUCAGUGUCUCUACAGCCAGCCCGGUCCUUUCAACCUCACUCUCCAGAUAUUGCCAGGGAUGCUGUGUGCUGGCUACCCAGAGGGCCGCAGGGACACCUGCCAGGGUGACUCUGGGGGGCCCCUGGUCUGUGAGGAAGGCGGCCGCUGGUUCCAGGCAGGAAUCACCAGCUUUGGCUUCGGCUGUGGACGGAGAAACCGCCCUGGAGUUUUCACUGCCGUGGCUACCUAUGAGGCAUGGAUACGGGAACAGGUGAUGGGUUCAGAGCCUGGGCCUGCCUUUCCAAUCCAGCCUCAGAAGCCCCAGUCAGAUCCCCAGGAGCCCAGGGAGAACUGCACCAUUGCCCUGCCUGAGUGCGGGAAGGCCCCGCGGCCCGGGGUCUGGCCCUGGGAGGCCCAGGUGAUGGUACCAGGAUCCAGACCCUGCCAUGGGGCACUGGUGUCUGAAAGCUGGGUCUUGGCACCUGCCAGCUGCUUUCUGCAGAUGCAGGAUCCUCGCCAGAAUGACUCGCAUUGGAGCCUUUUGUGCCAGGAGGAGGGGACCUGGUUUCUGGCUGGAAUCAGAGACUUCCCCAGUGGCUGUCUACGUCCCCGAGCCUUCUUCCCUGUGCAGACCCAUGGCCCAUGGAUCAGCCAUGUGACUCGGGGAGCCUACCUGGAGGACCAGCUAACCUGGGAUUGGGGCCCUGAUGGGGAGGAGACUGAGACACAGACUUGUCCCCCACACACACAGCAUGGUGCCUGUGGCCUGCGGCCGGAGGCUGCUCCAGUGGGGGUCCUUUGGCCCUGGCUGGCAGAGGUGCAUGUGACUGGUGAUCGAGUCUGCACUGGGAUCCUUCUGGCCCCAGGCUGGGUCCUGGCAGCCACUCACUGUGUCCUCAGGCCAGGCUCUACAACAGUGCCUUACAUUGAAGUGUAUCUGGGCCGGGCAGGGGCCAGCCCCCUCCCACAGGGCCACCAGGUAUCCCGCUUGGUCAUCAGCAUCCGGCUGCCCCGGCACCUGGGACUCAGGCCCCCUCUGGCCCUCCUGGAGCUGAGCUCCCGGGUGGAGCCCUCCCCAUCAGCCCUGCCCAUCUGUCUCCACCCGGCGGGUAUCCCUCCGGGGGCCAGCUGCUGGGUGUUGGGCUGGAAAGAACCCCAGGACCGAGUCCCUGUGGCUGCCGCUGUCUCCAUCUUGACACCACGAAUCUGCCACUGCCUCUAUCAGGGAAUCCUGCCCCCUGGAACCCUCUGUGUCCUGUAUGCAGAGGGGCAGGAGAACAGGUGUGAGAUGACCUCAGCACCGCCUCUCCUGUGCCAGACGACGGAAGGCUCCUGGGUCCUCGUGGGCAUGGCUGUUCAAGGGAGCCGGGAGCUGUUUGCCGCCAUUGGUCCUGAAGAGGCCUGGAUCUCCCAGACAGUGGGAGAGGCCCACUUCCUGCCCUCCAGUGGCUCCCCACACUGGCCCACUGGAGGCAGCAACCUCUGUCCCCCAGAACUGGCCAAAGCCUCAGGAUCCCCGCGUGCAGUCCACUUCCUGCUCCUGCUGACUCUCCUGAUCCAGAGCUGAGGGGCUAGGGUCCCGGUGCCACUUCCCCCUUCUCCACCCUCUACUUCCCGGCUGGAAUGUGGCCCAGCCAGCUGGAACCUCAAGGGCCCCACCCACCUAGAUUGCUGAGGCUCGGGCUAAUUGGGCCUCAGUGCCCGGGCUAUUUUGAACCUAGGAGUCCUUGGGGGUGGCGGGAAGAGCGGGACAGUAAAGGUGUAA